AUGCUGACACAACUGCCCCGAAACAACAAGGAGUCUGCAGUGGCGCUGACCACGUACGCCUCGGCACCAUCGCCGGUGGUGGAGGAGGAGCUGCGUUCUGUUUUCGUGCGCGGGUGGCCGAGGCUGUGCCUUGUGAGGGCACACCGUCCACAUCAGGAGCGCGACAGCAGCCUUUAUAUGACUGCGAACUGUUUGGGGAACGUUUUGAACGUUCUUAUGGUCGACUGCCGCGACUUGCCCGCGUGUCUGCGCCUCCUGCUGCUCAUCGCGAAGCAGCACAAACCGCUGCAGCACUAUUCCCUCAAGAGGAUGUGCAGGGUGCUGAUGAACCACCGCAUCUCGCGCAAGAACCCCUUCUGCGAGGAAAUUGCACUGGCGCUGUGGAAGAGGCAGAGGGCGUGGCCGUGGUGGUGUGUGGCGGGCUCUGCAGGUGCCGGACGCGACGCUGUCUACCGCUGCGGCACCAUUCCACGGGGGCGAGGGGCCAAAGAACGUGCGGCAGCUGCCCACCAAGAAGAAGCAACUGCAGCAGCAACGGCGGCUUCCUGCUGA